GUCCACAAGACCUGGAAAAUGGCGGCUGGCAGUGCAGGCGUUAGCGGCCACAACAGUGGCUCAUCGCCGCGUUUGGAGUCCACUUUGGACCGUCGUUUUCAAACUGUAUCCAACACCAUGGAAUCCAUUCAGGGACUAUCAACCUGGUGCAUCGAGAACAAGAAAUUUCACAGCGUGAUCGUGAAAUACUGGAUCAAGUGGCUGCGCAAAUCUGAUGCAUCACAUCGACUCAAUCUCUUCUAUCUGGCGAAUGAUGUCAUUCAGAACUGUAAAAGGAAGAAUGCCAUAGUCUACCGCACCACCUUCACUGAUCUGUUGCCAGAAGCUAUGCACCUCAUCAGAGCCACAAAGGAUGCUAAAGUGAAAAAGUCAGUGGAGCGGAUACUGUCCAUUUGGGAAGAACGAAAUGUAUAUUCAGAGGAAUUCAUCAGUCAACUGAGGAAUAGUUUGGCUCGGAAAGAAGAACCAGUGAAAGUUCAACCAGCUCCAGUUAACUCUAAAUCAGCCCUGAAGUCUAAGAUUGUUGCUGAAUUUGUGCCCUCAACGUUUAUCGAGCAUCUGUCCAAGUACAGGAAGUCGAUGGAUGAAAUUGAGCUCAAAGAAAAACAAUUAGCUGCAAUGAGAGUAGAUGUGUGCAGCACAGAGGCUCUGAAGAAACUGAAAGACAAAGCAGGAGGUAAAAGGUUUUCUAAGGACUUUGAAGAUGGAAGCAUGAAGCUACAGGAGUUUGUUUCCUUUCUCGAUGGAGAGGUUAAAAAAGGCCCUGCCUUGAUGGAAGCUCUGGAGAACGCAGACAUAUUCUAUGAGAUGCAAUAUAAAGAGGUCAAGAUUGUGGCUAAAGCUUAUGAGACAUUUGCAAACCGAGUUUCACACCUUAAGCGGAAGCUUGAUGCACAGAAGACAAUGAUACCUGAUCCAGAUGACUCGCCCAUUCCCUCCCCUAUUGAAGACGCCCCUUCCCCUACGGGUUCUGAGUCCCCCUUCCAUGCUUUGGAAAGAAUUGGUACCCCAGACCCAGACCUGGAUGGGCAGGCAAUGGAAGAAGACCUGUUUGCUUUGGCUGAUGCUCCUAGCCCUCUCUCAUCUUCUGGAGGUUCCCCACCACCAAGUGUCUCUAUGGGAGACAAAGACAAUCGUGACGUAGAAGAUAUGGAGCUCUCGGAUGCAGAGGAGACAGAAACACCUGCCAUUAUAGUAGAGGAAUGUGAAGCCCAAACUGUUGUGUCCAAAGAGUCCCCUGUCACUCCAAAUGUCACAGAGUCCCUGCCAACAAAUGAAGUCACACAGACAGAGAAGAUUGCAACACCACCAGCUACAGCUCCCCAGUUAGCUCCUCAGUCCUCAGUUACAGCUGUUACAACAACAACAACAACAACUACAGCAGCAGCAGCAACAACUACACCCACCACACCAACCACACAGACACUUCCAGUGAACCUUGCUGGUGUUGAUCUUGGCAAGAUCAGCUCCAUCCUCAGCACACUCACAAAUGUUAUGAAGAACUCAGCUGUUGGAGUUAGUCCUGUAUCUCGGUCUUCCCCGAGUGUACCUGCAACUCCAACCUCAGUUCAGAAGACUCCUACUACUCCUGCCCCUCCAGCCAACCCUUUGACCAGCAUUCUCUCAAGGGUGGACAUCAACACCAACACUCUGCUCAGUGCUCUUUCCAAAACACAAAGCCUUGGGGGUUUUCAUGGUCUGUCCUCUUUGUUAAACAACCCAGCUGCAAAGACCCCUACAAAUUCAAAUUCUGAAAAGCAAUCCCUGACCACGCCUGUUACAGAAGAAUCUCAUACACCUCCUAAAGUCAUACCUACUCCAACUAGUGUCCCAUUGACUAGUGACACCACUUCACAAGGAUAUGUUGCUCCUUCGACUUUGCAGUCCAAUGUGGUGAAUGAGAAAGUAAAUCCUAACUCUUCUUUCAACCCUACUCUGGACUCCAAGAUUGAUACCUUUCUCCAAGUACACCCAGGACUGAAAGGCUUUAAUUUGGGCUUUCCUUCUGUAUUGCCAUGGCCCAAGGGAACCGUUGAUAGUCCUUCAGCAAGUGCAGAGAACCUUGGUGGAACCCCUGUAAGAGAUGAAGCUGGAGCUACACCAACACAAGAUGAAAUUAUGGAUGAUCCCAGAUCAGAGCCAUUCCCAUAUCAGCAGGGACAAACAGCAUCCACAGACUCUAAAUCAACUUGUCAACUUUCGUCUUGGCAGGACCAAAUUGCUCAUGCAGAUGCACAAGCUCCAGAGAUUCACCAGACGAUUGCAUCAAUAAAAGACUCUGUACCCUCUCUUGCUGAGGCAGAAGCUCAGCGUCAUCAGCGCAUGGAAGCAAUGCGUUCCUCUUUAAUGUCCAGUAACCAACAAUCUUCAAGAGAGAGUCUAGAAGCCACUGAAAGAUCCAGUAUGCUGCUUCAAGAUAUGAGACAAAACCCUCUAAUCCAUAAUGUGGCACCAAAUCCUAAACUAGCGGAAGGUAGCUAUGCCUAUCAAGAUGGUCAAGAGAGGCAUGUGUUGCCCAACUCUGACACAUAUGGUGGAGACCCAUACCUUUCCAAAGAUCAAAGACCGAAUCUAACUGCACCUGCCUUCUUCACCACACCUCUCCCACCUAUCCCAAAGCUUCCACCUCCACCCAAAGAGUUCAUGGCUGCAGCUUCUUCUUUGAGGGCAAAUGCACCACACACCACCAGGGAUUUGCCGGGACCUUUUGGUGAUGCAGAACGAGGUGGUGUUGAUGGCUCAUAUAUCCCAGCAAAGUCUGAUUAUGAACAGUUGUCUCAUGAGGUUCCAAAGGAGGGACCCUUCCAUCCACAUGGGGACAGGAUUGCUCACUCUGCUCAUGCACCACACCAUGCUUCCAAAAUCCCACCGAAUGGUCCCAUGGACUAUAACCAUCAACAUCCACCAAGGGCACCUCUGCAACACCCUCCAAGUAUACCCCAUCACCACAUUGGUGGUCCUCCUCCGGUAAUGAGUUAUCAUGAAGCCCAAAGUCCUCCUCGACCUUUGCCUGAAGAUCCAUACGCUGACACGUACUAUGACCAUCCACAACGUAGCCCCUCUCCCUCUCAUUAUGACAUGCACUCAGUUUCCUCUCAUGCACAAGAGUAUUACCCUGAAGAACGUGCCCCUCCAAGGGCUCCUCCUCACAUGGAGCACAGACCUCCACCACCACACCAUGUUCGUCCACCACACCCUGGACACUAUCCUCCCCCUAGGCCAAUUCGACGACCACCCCCGGUUCACCAUGAACCACCGUUUCCAAGAGGCAAGCGACCUGGCCCACCAUUUGGUGGGCCUCCCAGAGUCAGGGGUCCCUUUUACCCACCCAAAAGACCUUACUUGCCUCCACAUUACUGAAGUGUCUCAUGUGAUUCUUCUGCUUUGGUGUCAAGUGCAUGUCACAGAGAGCAAGUAAAGAAGUGGAUGGGUUGUCAGUAAGAUCAUGGUUGCUCUGGACAAUGAGGCAAGUGUAAGGUGUCGAACACCCUUACAGAAUUACAAUAGAGAAGAACAAAUUUAUUUAAGUAACCAAGGGGAUGCAUCCAGAUCACUAGAAACUCUCGAGCAAGUUGUUCUUUUCCAACAUGAAGACAUGUAAACCGUGAGCAGUUGUGCGGCCAGAUGAAGUCAAGGAGCUCUGGAGCAGGGAAAUGGAAAGAAUGUCUGGCAAGGAAUGCUGGGGAAUGAGAUGGAAUCUGAAGGCAGACGAAACAAGAGGUGGUUAUUCUAUUUCAUUUCAUUAAAUCUUCUUUAACUUCUGUAGAUUUUGUAUCUAGUUCAAUGGAAAAUAUAGUAGAAAGGUUAAUACAAAAAUGUCCUUUCCCUUAGUUAGUAUGUUAACGCACGUAUCUCGCGAAUGUCUUCGGGAAAGAAAUGUUUUUUUGUUGGAUUUAAUUAAAGUUGAUAUGUAAUAUUUUUUUACUUCCAAAGUUAAGUUCUACUGAUGAUCAAGUUAAAUUGUUAUGCAAAGCUGAUAGUUUUAAUUCACCACAUCUUAUUUUGUACAUAGAAUUUAAUGUACCGCUAAUAGUUAGUUCAGCUUCGUUAUCGUCUUUCUUGGACAAACCAGCAGUGUAGAGAAAUUAAUCUUUACCACUUUGAGGUAAAAUGCUGAGGUGUACAGCGACUAGUCGUUUUUACCAACAGUGGAAGAAGAUGCAGAAGAAAUGAAGCUGUCCGGCAGAAUCAUCAUGGCCUCCCUCAGUUCCUGGAGGCUUUUACUGUACUGACUUAAAUAAAGAUGUGUUUGGAAAAAAAAA